AUGGUCACCCCUAUGGUGCAAAACGUUCCCUCGCACCCUGACCCUAUGGUUAGACCUAUGGUGCAGAACGUUCCCCCGCACCAAGCGGUACGACAAGUUGGGAGAAACCUCCCAAAUGAGCCACCUAGUGGCUCCAUCAGCAAAAGGUUGGACGACAUGCUCUCCACGUUUUUUUGCUCUCAUAUUAUUCAUUACGAGCCCCCAAGGGGAUUCCUCGUGCCUAAAUUCUCCACAUACGAUGAGUCCAGCGACCCCUUCGACCAUAUCAUGCAUUAUCGACAGCUCAUGACUCUUGAUAUAGGAAACGACGCGCUGUUAUGCAAAGUAUCCCCCGCCAACCUACAAGGGCAGGCCCUCUCAUGGUUUCACCGCCUACCUCCCAACUCUGUGGACAAUUUCAAGGACCUGUCGGAAGCCUUCGUAGGACAAUACUUAUGCUCCGCUCGGCAUAAGCAGAACAUCAACACUCUGCAAAACAUAAAAAUGCAGGAUAACGAGUCCUUAAGGGAGUUCGUGAAGUGGUUUGGUCAAGCCGUGCUACAGGUAGAGGCUUACAGCAUGGAUGUUGUCCUGCAGAUCUUCAAGCGAAGCAUCUGUCCAGACACCCCAUUUUUUGAAUCACUCGUUAAAAAGCCUCCUACGACGAUGGACGACUUGUUUCGGUGUGCGAGCAAAUACUCAAUGCUCAAAGAUGACGUGCGAGCAACCACCCAGCAAAUCUUGGUUGCUGGACAAGCAUCCAAAAGUGGUGCGGAAAGAAGUGUCAAACUUUCGGACUGGCCAAGGCCGUCCGAUCAAAGGCAGGAAGGGCCAAGUUGCCCAGAAAUGCCGCCCCUCACACUCCUCUUCAUAUCCUACGAGAAGCUCCUCCCUAUGAUCCAAGACCUGUCCAAUUUCAGGUGGCCCAGACCCAUCAGAACGGACCCGGCCCAAAGGGAUCAUAGUAAGAAGUGUGUCUACCAUAAGGAGCACGGCCACACUACGGAGACAUGCAGGAGCCUCCAUUACUUCGUUGAAAAGCUCAUAAAGGCAGGACAUUUGAAGCAAUACCUCCGCUCAAAGGCCAGAGGUAGAGACGCCUCCCGAAAUCACAACUCUGGAACCCCCAGGGCUCCAGCCGCCCCCAAAGUCAUUAUAAACUAUAUUAACGGAGGCCUAUUUGACGAGGAGUACGACUCCAAACGAAAGAGACAGAAGUUGUUACGGGUAGCAUUGGUGCGUGAGCGUGUCAACUCCGUCCGGCCUGGGAUAACUGGGGGGGAGCCCUCGCCCCAUAGAUGA